AUGGUCACAACCAUUAACACACGAGCAAAGCCAAUCCGGGAAAUCAUCGUGUGGGCCAUCGCGUGCAUCCUAAAAAGAAGACGAACCAUGAUACUCACAUCCAAAAGGGUCAAAGACGAGGAGAAAGACACCCACAUCCCCAAUAAGAAGAAAAAGUGCAAGCCCCGGGCAUGUAGCCCAGAAGGGGAAGGGCACGGUAGCCACAACAUUACCAAGCUAGACAGAUUGCAUGUUGUUAGUAUGAACACCAAGAAGGGUUGGAUACCACUAAGCAUACCCAUGCGCCUUCGCGAAGUGAAGACACAAAGUACGAAGAAGAAGCCUGACAGCAAACAAAACUAA